AUGACGUUCGGGGGACACAAAACAACAUGUUUGACACUGACUCCCGUAGAACCAUCUGAGAUUUUCUUUAGCCCCACUACAGAAGAGUCUCUAUCUUCUGAAUUUACAGACACCUCCACCACUCCAAGCCUGCCUAGCAGUAAUAGCUCCAGUAAGACUUUGGAUUUAAAUGCCUGGCCUGAGAACUUCAUUGUUCCAUGGAACCAAAUGCCUGCUGGUAUCAAGACCGCCAUUGCACAGGGGAAACGUCCAUCUGCUAAAGACCGCAGGGAAAUGGUACGAAUCAUCAUAAAUGAAAUGAGGCUGACUGAAUUAAAUCCGUCAAAAUCUCAGUGCCUGACAGUGGCCAAGAUGAUUGUAAAGCAGCAUCCUGGAAGCUUUGCUGAUGUCAUGAGAGAUGGCACUGUAAUUGGAAGUGGCUAUGGAUCCCUCUUGAGUCAACUAAAAACACAAGUAGAACAUGUUAAUCGUGGAAGUGUUUUCUCAAGACGAAGGAUGCUGAAACGGGUUCCAAAUUCAGCUGCAGACAUGCCUAGAGGACCAGUUGACCAAUAUGGUUGCGUGAGAUGGCAGCCUGACUGUCCACAAGGAGAAACUGAAGAGAGCCUCAAAGAGAAGCAGAGUGAAAUGAAAGACCUCUACUGUGUUGAGGGUCCAGCUGGUGCAGACAGGGGAUAUUUGAGUAAGUUAAUGGAAACAACCUACUUCCUUCAAAGAAAAGCCAUCAAUGCCAGCCCACCUCCUUCAAUUGCUGAGCUGAAAAAUGAGUGGCCCUAUCUUUUCACACCAAAAGAGCUGUACAGCCAUUUCAAAUUACUCACAGACAUUGUUGUCCUGGAUAAGAUGGAGGAAGCUAUAGAAAAAAAGGGGAAGCUGAUCCUUCAGUUUUUCGAACAGAAGCCAGUAGGGAGUUAUGCAGAUGAGGUGAAGCGCAUCCUAGGGAUGUACAACCGAGAAGAAAAGUGCGAUCCAUGGCCAGUCAUAAUUCUCCUGCUUAUGGCACACUUUAAAGAAACAUCCGAGGGACUCUUUCUGCAGGCAGAUGUGUUGAUGAAGGCAACAGACGUUGAAAAAACACUUCAGCUUCCUGACUCUCCAAGCCUAAUUGUCUUAGGUGAAUUGCUCACAGCAAGUGUUUGGAUGCUGAGCAUCGAGGGUCAGGUGGUUGUGCCUCCACAUCCCAACUUCGUGGCUGGAAUGGCAGCUUUGUUUUCUAGCUACUACAACUUCAAUCUGGUGUACCAGGAGCAAGCAUCUUGCACACUGGAGUUCAUUCAAAGAUGCUUCAUUGGACUGAACCCCUCCAGUGGGACCAAGACAACAAAGGUGUUAAGCCAAAAAAGCGGGAAGGUACAAGAGAAAAAGAACAACUGCGUUAACCCUCACGUCUCCUCUCUACUCAAGCGGCUGAUAGAUUUUGAAUGGCUUCAAUUGUAAGUCUCAAGUGACUUCCUUACAAUAUAAAUGGCCAUUGUUCUAAUUGUUAAAACUAGUAUUUCAUCAUUAUUUUGUUGUUGAACA